AUGCUGGUUCUCAUUGCGAUGCAGAGAAAGACCUUUCGAUUGGGAAAGUGCAAUCUGUUUUAAAGUAACACGGAAGCAGAAUCCCAUCUUCUGCCGAAAUACAUUUUAAUAUUGUGCCGUCUGUUGGACGCGACCCUGAAAGUAAUUGCCAAACUGAUUUCAUAGGGUCAGCUUGUGUCAGGGCCUGUUGAAACGGGACACCAUGGAGGCUGGCCGGCGCUUAGCUGCUCGCUUGCAAACCGGCAUGGUGCCUGGGAAGCACUUGUGGACACACAGCUUCUCAGUCACACUGCUUUUAGAUGAGCUGGCCAAUGUGCCUCGUGUCACAGGGUUGAUUUUCUGCAAGGUUCGCUUGCUUGACGGUUCUUUCGCUGAGGAGUCUGGAAGACUGGAGGUCCUUCACAACUCUGUGAAAUGGGGAAAGAUAUUAAAAUUUCAGUGCAGAACUGCCGUCAAUAGCUCAUCUGGAGUCCUGGAUGACUGUAUUUGUCGACUGUCGGUCCGUAAGGAUACAAAGGGAGGAAUAUCCUACAAGAAGGUGGGAUACGUAGAUAUCAACCUGUCUGAGUAUGCAGGCUCUGGAUGUGUGACUCGACACUGCCUUCUGGAGGGAUAUCUGAAGAAAGACAACAAGCUGGACAACUCCCUUCUCAAGGUGACACUACGGAUGCAGCUUCUUCAAGGAGAUCCGUGUUUCAGAGUCCCAACCCAGCCAUCCUCCCUCCAUAGAGGACUUUGUUCACCUGAGAAUGUUGAGCUGCCUGGAGAAAGUCUGUCCAAUGACCCUGAGCCUAGUUCACCAGAGGGCGCCUUGAGAAGGCAUCUGGCGAUGACGGAUGGGCUGCGGCCCGGUGCUGUACCCAGUCAGCUCCCAGAGGCCCAGGAGAGGGCCCAGGUUGCCGGUCAGUUGACCCGGAUCAGCCACACUCGGGUGGAUGCGCGGGAUGUUGUUGAAAGCCUCUGCCUGGAGAACUUGGGCUCAGAAAUGGAAAUGUCCUCAUCCAUGGAAGGUAGCCUACUGCUGCAAGACCGUUUUCAAGGACACAGAUUAAGCCUAGCCUGUCUAGUCUCAGAAGCAUGAUACGGAGUACCUACAGAAAGGCUACACCGCGGAGACUACCAAGGAACAUUCAAAUAGCUAAGGUCAGUGUUAUGGAAAGAUACAGAUCAGGAGAAGGGUAUAUUUCAAAGGCCUUCAAUCUCCCUUGGAGCAUGAUUAAGACGUUAUUAAGAAGUGGAAGGUGUGUAGCACAAAUAUCUUUAAAAGUGUGGAUUAUGGUGUAGAUAUUACAAUAUAUGCAACUCUGAAGCUCCAACACAUGCAAAUGUGAAACGUUCAAAGGGGUGUAGACAUUCUAUAGGCUGUAUACCACUCAGUAGAAAAAAUAAUGCUUAGUAUUUCCAGUAUCAUUGUGUCCUUAACAUUGAUGUUGCAUCAAUUACAGAACCUGGACUUGCACUCUUUGUUGGUCAGGAUGGCACAACCACACUUGGUGUAACUCACAUGCAGAACAGGUAGCCUGAUCUGAAAUGUCCUGUGUUGUUGUCUAGGCUUGUCAAGCAAGUCCCAAGUCUGCUGAUAUAUACUGCUGAGUUGUGUGUUAGUAACUGACCUACUGCUCUGUCAGCAAAUCUCUCUCUUAUACAGUUAAUCUCUUGUCUUGUCCAGUAAAGCUUAAAUGCCUUUGUCACGUUGGUUCUGAUGUAAUAUGAUUCUGAAUAUUAGGAAUUCUAUUGAUACCCUGUUCCAAUGUGUCUCAACAGGGACUCCAUUACUGGAAGUUUAGACAAUGUCAUCAUAAUGAAAUAAAGACAUUUCAACC